AUGGCAAAGGGAAGAGCCGACUCAACCAUGAUAAAGAUGGUUUCUACUGCACUCACAGGAUACGAGAAAUGGUUUAGAAUUCCAAGGAGUUCAAGAAAGCUACAUCUUAUCCUAUAUGACCCAAGGGCUAAAAGACACUGUCUUUUUGAAGAAGACAGAAAGCGUAAGAUUGCUGAAGUUCCUCCUAAAGAUUAUACAAGAAGCCAUCGUUAA